AUAAAGAAGAAUUGAAGGGAUGUUUGAGGAUACCGAGUAGAGUUUUAGAGUUAAUGAGAUAAUUUGGGCAAAAGUCUUGGGCUGUAAGUAUAAUAUAAUUCUUUAGAUCCUUGGUGGCCUGCAAAAGUAAUUAUACAAUAAUCAUCUUAUAGAUUGCUUCAAUUACUAAUGUGAAUGGCAAGAAUGGAUACCAUAAUAUAUACAGAGUCAAUUUUAUUGGAGACACUUCACAGUAUUAAAUUUAGUUAGCAUUAUAGCGCCAAAUUGAGGUUUGAUAAAUUAAAGAAAUGGAAUCCUAAGCCAAUAUAAUUAGAAACUAAAAAGUUAAAAGAAUCAAUAGAUUUAGCUAAUAGUUAAAUAGAAGCAUUUGAGAAAGCUUAAGAAAUUGAAUUAGCCAAUCUAAAUGAGCAUAUUUUAAAGAGUCUAACUAUCAAAAUGAAUGAUCUUGUUUAUAAUGAGAGAUCCAUUUAAGAUGUAUAAUGAUCAAAUUAUGUCAUAGAUUAUUCAAACCUUAAAUCUAAUAAGCGAGAAUGAAAAAUUAUCUAUUGUGAAACUAAAUUUAGGAUAAUAAUAUUUUGCAUUGUAUUAAACAUUAAAAUAUGGGAAAGGAGAGAAUUAUCUUUAAUAUUCCUAAGAUUUUAUUGAUUAAUUGAAAGCAACCAUUGGUUUUUAAUUAUAAUAAGACUUUUUAUCAAUUUAAAAAAAAUAAGAAAAACCUACUCCCAACAGUGAUGACACUAAAGAAAUCACUGAUUCUCCUAUUAAGAAAAAGAAAAUAGAAGAAAUCUUUAAAGAUACACUUUGUAAUUAACAUUGA